AUGGCCAAAGUUCCACGCAACUUUAGAUUACUUGAAGAAUUGGAAAAGGGUGAAAAAGGUAUUGGUGACGGUACAUGCAGCUAUGGCCUUUCAAACGGUGACGAUAUAUAUAUGAGUGAUUGGAACGGCACUAUUAUAGGGCCUGGUCAUACCGUUCAUGAAAAUCGUAUUUAUAGCUUGAAACUCCAUUGUGAUGAGAAUUAUCCUGAUUCUCCACCAACGGUGCAUUUUCUUUCCCGAAUCAAUUUGCCUUGCGUUAAUCAACAAACGGGCAAGGUUGAAUCUUCUAAAUUGAGUUGUCUGGCUAAUUGGAAAAGAAGUUAUACGCUUGAGACCGUAUUAACAGAAUUACGUCGCGAGAUGUCAAACCCGCACAAUAAGAAAUUACCUCAACCUCCUGAAGGUUCUUUCUUCUGA